UGGAUUUACAUGCUCUGAUUUCCGUGGGAGUGGGAAGUUUGGAGAGGAGGGUGGCGGAACAAUUCAGGAGCCGAGGAACCAGGCGCCAACAGCGCAACUUUAUAACUUAACAACCGGCCUACGCUACCAGCUGACCGCCGUCGGACGGGCGACUUUUCUUGGGCUGUUUUUCGCCUCUGUCCGCCGACUCUGGAGCUGGGAGUGGGAGCCCUGUUUCCCCCCCCGGAUAAGUCGGGAAACAGCUUGAGUUGAGCCCGGGUUGAAGGGCUGUGGCCAUGGCCGGGGGAGGCGGUGGCGGAGGUGGGGUUGUGUCUCCGUUGGGGCCCGCACCGCCGAUGUGGUAUCACCGGGACCUGAGUCGAGCCGCGGCCGAGGAGCUGCUCGCCCGGGCCGGGAGGGACGGCAGCUUCCUGGUGCGGGACAGCGAGAGCGUCAACGGGGCUUACGCUUUGUGCGUACUAUUUCAGAAGCACGUCCACACGUACAGAAUCCUCCCAGACGAAGAGGGGUUUCUGGCUGUACAGACGUCUCAGGGCGUGCAGCCUAAGCGAUUUAAGACAUUACCAGAGUUGGUGUUGUUGUACCUGCAGCCAAGUCAGGGUCUGGUCACCACCCUGCUUUACACUGUGGACAGAGAGGAAACAGCUGUCAGUGACGAGAGAGACUAUUCAGAUGGGGAGGAUGAGAAGCCACCCCUUCCCCCUCGCUCUGCCUCCACCUCCACUCCUCCUGGACCAGACACGCCUACAGACAGCCCUCCAGCUGCUAAUGGCCUGAGCACCAUCUCCCAUGAGUACCUGAAGGGCAGCUAUGCUCUGGACCUUGAAGCUGUCAAACAGGGAGCCUCCUCCCUGCCUCACCUCAACAAGACACUAGUGGCCUCCUGCAAACGCCUUAAUGGGGAGGUGGACAAGGUUUUGUCUGGUCUGGAGAUUCUGUCUAAAGUCUUCGAUCAGCAGAGCGCCUUCAUGGUCUCCAAGAUGAUCCAGCAGUCAGUGAAUCAGGGUGGAGACCAGGAGUUGGAGAACCUUGUGACCAAGCUGGCCAUUCUCAAAGACCUGCUGUCCUCUAUAGAGAAGAAGGCUCUGAAAGCUCUCCAGGACAUGAGUUUGUCUUCUCCAACCUCCCCCGCUCCUCUGUCCAUGCGUCACAGCAAAGCAAUCCCUGUGCAGGCCUUCGAGGUGAAGCUGGACGUUUAUCUGGCAGAACUGACAAAGAUUGGAAAGAGUCAGAAGUACACUCUGUCCGUGGACGUGGAGGGAGGACGACUGGUGGUGAUGAAGAAGGUGAAGGACAGCCAAGAGGACUGGACAACCUUCACACAUGACAAGAUCCGUCAGCUGAUCAAGUCUCAGCGAGUGCAGAAUAAGCUGGGCAUUGUUUUUGAGAAGGAGAAGGACAAGAGCCAGAGGAAAGACUUCAUCUUUGCUAGUGCCAAGAAGCGGGAGGCAUUUUGCCAGCUGCUGCAGCUGAUGAAGAACAAACAUUCCAACCAGGACGAACCAGACAUGAUUUCUGUCUUCAUAGGCACCUGGAAUAUGGGCUCAGUGCCUUCACCUAAGUCUGUGGCCUCCUGGGUGUUGUGCCGCGGCCUCGGGAAGACCCUGGAUGAGAUGACGGUCACCAUCCCUCACGACCUCUACGUGUUUGGAACUCAAGAAAACUCAGUGUGUGAUCGGGAGUGGGUGGAGUCACUGCGGGCCAUGUUGAAAGAACAGACCGAGCUGGAUUAUAAACCGAUCGCAGUGCAGACUCUGUGGAACAUUAAGAUCGCCGUGUUGGUGAAACCUGAACAUGAAAAUCGAAUCAGCCACGUGGGAAUGUCAAGUGUCAAGACGGGCAUCGCCAACACACUGGGAAACAAAGGAGCUGUAGGUGUUUCCUUCAUGUUCAAUGGGACGUCUUUUGGUUUUGUGAACUGUCACUUGACAUCAGGGAAUGAGAAGAUUGCCAGGAGGAACCAGAACUACCUUGAUAUCCUGAGGCUGCUGUCAUUAGGAGACAAACAACUGAGCUCCUUCGACAUCUCACUGCGCUUCACACACCUCUUCUGGCUGGGAGACCUCAACUACAGGCUGGAUAUGGAUAUACAGGAGAUCCUAAACUACAUCAACAGGAAGGAGUUUGACCCCCUGCUGAAGGUGGACCAGCUCAACCUGGAGAGGGAGAAAAACAAAGUGUUUCUGCGCUUUGCGGAGGAAGAGAUAUCUUUCCCGCCCACCUACCGUUAUGAACGAGGCUCACGGGACACGUAUGUUUGGCAGAAGCAGAAGGCCACAGGGAUGAGGACUAAUGUUCCAUCCUGGUGUGACAGGACCCUGUGGAAGUCGUACCCAGAAACACACAUUGUCUGUAACUCCUAUGGCUGUACAGAUGAUAUCGUGACCAGUGAUCAUUCCCCUGUCUUUGCCACGUUUGAAGUGGGCGUGACCUCCCAGUUUGUCUCCAAGAAAGGUCUGCCAAAGUCUUCAGAGCAGGCUUACAUCGAGUUCGAGAGCAUCGAGGCCAUAGUGAAGACAGCGAGUCGAACCAAGUUCUUCAUCGAGUUCUACUCCACUUGUCUGGAAGAGUUUAAGAAGAGCUACGAGAACGACAGUCAGAGCAGCGACAAUGUCAACUUCCUGCGGGUGGGCUGGUCCAACAAGCAGCUGACGACGCUCAAGCCUCUCCUCUCAGAGAUCGAGUACCUUCAGGACCAACAUCUGCUGCUGACGGUGAAGUCGCUCGAUGGAUACGAGUCCUACGGAGAGUGUGUGUUGGCUCUGAAGUCAAUGAUUGGCAGCACAUCUCAGCAGUUCCACACCUACCUGUCCCACCGUGGCGAGGAAACGGGAAAUAUCAGGGGGUCCAUGAGAGUCAGGGUCCCUGCUGAAAGAAUGGGAACCAGGGAGAGACUUUACGAGUGGAUCAGUGUGGACAAGGAUGAGACAGGCGGACCUAAAGGGAAAGGCUCACUGGUAUCCAGAGUGGGACACGAAUAUGUCAAGCCGUCUAUGGUUCGUAAACCGUUAGGAGAGCUGAGCAAGGUCAGUGAGGAGGGAGAGAGGACCAGCAAGGAAGAAACUGCUGCAAGACCUAAACAAGAUGCAUCAGAGGGUGAUUCAUCCGUCAGCAAGAACAGCUACAACAAUCCUGCCUACUACUGCCUGGAAGGUGUUCCCAACCAGUCUGCAGCUGCUCUCUCACCCGAAAUUCUCCCCUCUCCUACGUCUGCAAACCCCCUGGCAGCUAAAGGCCCUCUUCCCUCAGCCGGAGCUCGUACCAAACCCCCGUGUCCGUCUUCAGGUCCCCCUCAACCGCGCAGACAGCUGUCGGGACACCCGGUCCGUGCUAUUAGCGAGGAAGGCUCCUCAGAGGACGAUGGAGGCGCUUGUGUGGCUGGGGCGCAGGCUGGAGGCAUCGGGGGAACAGUUGGAACCACGCUGAAUCGACCCCCGCCUGACUUCCCCCCUCCACCUCUCCCUAAGGGAGCCCUGGAGAUGGUUGCAGAGGCGGCCUUCCCGAAACCGCGGCUUAUUUACCCGGACCUGGCUGAGGUCAGGAUCCCGGCAGCAAGUUCCGGUGCACCGCUGGGUCUGGGGGAGGGUUUCAGGAGAGGAGGAGGAGGCGGAGGAGGAAGCGGAGGAGGAGGUGGCGGGGGCGGCGGAGGGGGAGCAGGGGCGUUGGAUGACCAAUCCUGUUCUGUGCUCCAGAUGGCAAAGACUCUGAGUGAAAGUGAGUUUCCUGGACCUCCUCCACGGGCUCCGUCAGCGCCGCCUCUCCGAGGGCAACCGAUUGGUAUGGGUCUGGAGGCCUGUCGCACCUUCCCGCCCAGACAUCCCAUCCCAGAGAGCAUCGCAGAGGACAUGCCUGAGGAGGGACUUUGGGCCAGCAGUAGUUCAUCUUUGUCUGUCGUGGACUCUUCAGUAGGAGAGUGGCUGCAAAGACUGGGACUGGAAAGGUAUGAGCAGGGCCUUCUACACAACGGCUGGGACGACCUGGAAUUCCUCAGUGACAUCACAGAGGAGGACCUGGAGGAGGCGGGGGUGCAGGACCUCGCUCACAAACGGAUCCUGCUGGAGAGCCUCAGAGAGCAGCAACAGCCAUAAACCGCAGCCCACUGGUCUGUGACUGGUCCAAACCGGCCCAGCACUGCACCAGGCCCAGAGAGGCCAAGAAUCGCCGCUGAACUGAACUGUGCUGGAAUGUGCCAAUUGAUGCCAGACUGUGCCUUCUGAGAGAACUUGCACUCUGUUUGUUCUUUCAAAAACCAACGUCCCUUUUCACAUCAUGUACUGUAUGUGUGUUGUCGCCGAGCUCGUGGCCUUAUUUAAUGAUCAUUUCGCUUCCUAACCCUUGGCUUUGAAGCUUAGCGAGAACAUGUAGGAUGAGAUGAGACACGACUCACAUGUGGAGCCGCUGAUGUGUCCGAGUUGCCUCAUCACCUCUAUCCUGCCUUUUCGAGCUACAUUUAAAGCUUGUCUUUCUUUCUUUCUCCCGAGAGGAGCAAACGUUUUCUCACCAAUGGUAAAUUUCUAACUUUUAUGUUUAAAAAAUGUUUUGUCCCCUCAGUUCAGACUCUUUAUAGCGACACUGUUUUUCUCCAAGUCUCAGGUUUGUCCCCGGCCACACUCACAUUUUGGAAACUCUCAGGAGUCCUUUAGACCCAUGGCCGAGGAACCCCCUCACUUCUGUGAUGGCGGCGGACAGGAAGCUGUGACAGGAGACGAGAAUUUUCAAAUAUUCUACUCUUGUGAUGACAUCUGGGCCACUGUUAGUGAAACAGUGGCAUCUAUUGUCUAAGUGUCUCUGCGUGUAUUUAAGGUUUUUAUGUUGUUUAUUUUACGAUAAAGGGAAAAUAGAGCAAAUCUACCAAACCUGCCAUGUUAGAGCACAAAGUGCACUCGGGCACACAGUUUAAGUGACAGUGUUAGCCGUCAGGUUUCGACACCGCCCGCCCCCUGCUGUGUGAGUUGCCCAUUCAACACUAACGUUCCAGUUUUGUUUUCCAGCGCUCAAAGAUUUUCAUUUGUUUGCAGAUACUUUAACUUAAAUGGAAAAUGGCACACGGAGCAUGAUGUUUCUUGGUCUGGUCCAAAACAUUCAAGUAGUAAAAGCAAUAGCAUCGGACUUGUUGUAGAGAUAAGAAACGCUGCACCAAAAUUAAUAAUCAUUACAAAAUGAUUAAUGUUCGCGGUUUAAUUGUGACGAUUUUUAAUCUCAAUUUACAGAAGCAAACAAAUCUUGUGUGAACAGGUUUGGCAUUUGUCCCAUUUCUUACUCAUUUCAUUUGAGAUAGAGUGAAUGGAGCAGUGUGAGAAGAAUUGAUUGACAUGACCAAGCAGAUCAAUGCAUGGUUAUGUUUCUGAAGUUUUCCUAAACUAUCACGUUAUCAUUGACACAAACCGUCUUAUAAUAGUGUCAAGAUUUUUCCUACUUUGCAGAUUUGAUUUGGUUCAUAAAUUACUAAAUAUUGAAUUAGUUAUUGGAUCAUUGGAUAUUUGUACACUUGGAAAAAGACGUCACCUCUCAUAAAUCAUUAUAAACAGGACAGAACUGUCUGAUUUCUGCAGGACACAGAUAGCUUGUUCACUGAUCGCCCAGCAGGUGGUGCUACUAAACCUCCUCAGUAGAUACUAACUGGAAACCUUGGAGGGGACAAAAGACUCAACCAAGAAGUUUCUACUCUUUCUUUUUUUUAAAUUAAUAUAAGUUUUUUUUUACACAGUUAAAAUAUUAGCCUGUUAAUAUUACCACUGCCUUUAUUUGCCCGCAAUUUAAAUCCUGCCUCCUCUUCUGCCUGUCAGACCAGACGUCAAACCCAAAAGCCAGUUUAUUGCCAUUUAAACAGACUUUCUGCUGAUGCCUGUCCCUUCUCCUUCAUCGAGGUGGAUCACAUGAAAAUGUUCUCCUGCAGUUUAGCACACCACUUGCUUUCGAACCUUUAGAACAAUGUAAACACAUUUGCCACGAGAAGACUUGGGAAAAGCAGAACUCUAAACUGUAAGUGAAAUUGCUGUUUCGUCAUUGGGACUAGAAUAGGAUGAAACUGCAGCUUUACUCACACGCCCAUGAAUUAUGUUUCUAACUUGCGUUGUUAGACUCAGCUACUUAUGUGUCGUCUAAUUGUUUAACAGCCAUAAUACGGAAAACGUGGAUCUUCUGUUCAGACGUCUUCAAUCUAAUGUGUUUUGUUUUUUUUAAGCCUCUUGGGCCUUUCAGUGUUCUCAGUGGUGUGUGAGUGAGAGAGAGAGUGUGUUUGUAUUUGUGUGCAUGAGUGGAAAAAAAUAAUGCUCUUGUUUUCUAUGUCACACAUUGUUCAUUAGUUUAUAUGUAGUCUCCUCUGUUGGUUGUGUUAACUUAAAUGCAAGUUCUUCACCCAUGUAAUUUUUUUUUUUUUUCAAUUAAAAUCUAAUAUCUUU